AGGGUCGAGAUCCAGUCGAUAUGAUAAGAUACCUAGAUAAGCAGAUAAGGUAGCUACCUGACUUGCUCCACUUAACGUGAUUAUGUAAAGCCACUUAAGUCUAAUUGACUCGUCCAAUUGACUCUGAGCUUUUGACUGGGCUGCUGGGGUUGGAAGAUCGGCCAUUCCUCUUUCAAAAGCGACGGGGCAUGCUAUCGAUUGCCAACGGCUGCCAUUAAAAGUAGCCCCGUAUUCAGACCCCAGUUCCAAGUUAAAUCCACCAAUCUGUUAAGGCUGCGAAGCCCAAGCGCAUUUUUCAUACAAAGUAUGGAAAAAGGGACCGCCUCCUAUUGUACGCAAGGUGGGAAAGAACAACUCUUUAAUAAGUCGAUUUUCAUCCCGACCGCUUCUUACAGUAUAACAAUAUUAUACAGUGAAUAAUUCUACCGAAAUUUAAAUUCACUGUUUGUCUUUUUUUCUUUUUUUCUUUUUUCUUGUUUCCGGUUUUAAUCAAGCAGAACAUUCUUGAGUUCCUACAAAUCGACUGCCCGUCUUGUGAUUUCAUUAUCCGUACCAUCCUCUGGUUCCACACCUCGAAACCGCCUAUUAAUAAACCAGGUCGAGUUUUCUUCUUGACGACUAUCGAUCAUUAUCGCCCAAAGAACAACACUACUAUAACACUACAACACCACAAUCAACAAUCAGCAAUCAGACGCGAACAUGGCACAGACCGGAGGAGCAGGCGGGUACAACAACCCAUUGAAAUUCAAGUUGGUUUUUCUCGGUGAACAAAGCGUCGGGAAAACAUCCCUAAUAACGCGGUUCAUGUACGACUCUUUCGAUAACAUGUAUCAAGCUACGAUCGGUAUCGACUUCCUGUCCAAGACAAUGUACCUUGAAGACCGAACGGUGCGACUACAGUUAUGGGAUACGGCAGGGCAGGAGCGAUUUAGGAGUCUGAUUCCCUCGUACAUUCGCGAUUCGAGCGUUGCGGUAGUUGUCUACGAUAUUUCCAAUGCGAAAUCAUUCCAAAAUACGAAGAAAUGGAUCGACGAUGUACGCGCGGAACGAGGUAACGACGUUAUCAUCGUGCUAGUAGGGAACAAGACAGACUUGAACGAGAAGCGAGAAGUCACUACGGCGCAGGGUGAGGAGGAAGCCAAGAAGAACAACCUGAUGUUCGUCGAAACAAGUGCGAAGCUUGGCCACAACGUGAAGAACCUCUUCAGGAGGAUAGCGCAGGCUCUUCCCGGUAUGGCGGGGACAGAUGCCGCGGCACAGGCUUCGUCACAGAUGAUCGAUGUAAAGACAAACGCACCAGCUGCCCAGCAAGAAGGAUGUGCUUGUUAGUAAUGUGCUCGUGGUAGCAGAGAAAGAAACAUGGGCCUUAUGAGGAAAAUGCGAGGGUCAAGCAGGAUAUUUCCGUGCAUAGCGAGUGAAUCAACAAAGAGAUGUUGUAUAAUACGAAUGAUCCUACGAAGCAAAGUAACGAGAAGAAGAUUAGCAGAACCAUUACAGGUAUGACGUUUAUUAUAACUAUGUAAUCACCCUUUUUUUCAAAUUUCAAUAUUUUAAAUUUG